AUGUCUUCGUGGACCGGCAGCCUGUUUAAGGCAAACCCCAAAGAGCCUGAGAUUAUGGCCGACUCCAAGGUUCACGAGGCUGGCUUCUCCCCAUCUCCAGACCGAGCAGAGCAAGGCGGCCGAUCACGCCGCAAGCUCAAUCGUAUCGACAGGCCAAGGACUCAUUCAAUCUCUGGCUCGACAGUGGAUCCGGAGGAUAGUGAUGAAGAUAUGAUCAAGAAGCAGAUGAUCGAAGAAGAAGGAAAUGCCAUUAAAUAUCGGACGUGUUCUUGGAAGAAAACUGCGGCCCUGCUCUUUAGUGAAUACAUCUGCCUGGCCAUCAUGUCGUUCCCGUACUCAUAUGCCACUCUUGGACUCGUACCUGGCCUGAUCUGCACGGCUGUCGUUGCCGGAAUGGUGCUAUACACCUCGCUCAUCGUUUGGGAGUUUUGCAUGCGACACCCUGAGGUCAAGGACGUGUGUGACGUCGGACAGGUCAUAUUUUGGGGWCAUGAAUGGGCAUGGUGGUUCACGGCCUUUAUGUUUCUGCUCAAUAACACCUUCAUCCAGGGUUUCCACUGCCUGGUAGGCGCAAAGUACCUAAACACUAUGACUGGUGGAAGCUUGUGUACAGUGGCGUUCAGCGCGAUCGCCGCAGUCAUCAGUUGGCUUUGCUCCCUGCCUCGCACUUUCGAGACGCUCUCGAAGCUGGCCGCUGCCUCUGCAUUCUUCACGUUCAUCUCGGUGAUCCUUGCGACGAUUUUCGCUGGAAUUGAAGAUCAUCCGGGGGCUGGAUGGCCAUCAAAAGGUGAUCCGACCGUCUACGCUUUUCCACCACCUGGAACCACCUUUGUUGCAGGAGUCAAUGCAUUCAUGAACAUCAGCUACACCUUCAUUGGCCAAAUCACCAUUCCAUCCUUCAUCGCGGAGAUGAAAGAUCCCAAGGAUUUUCCCAAGGCUCUGUGGGCCGUCACGAUUGCAGAGGUUAUUCUCUUCUCCCUGGUCGGCUCGGUCAUUUAUGCGUAUACCGGAACCAACUACAACACCGCUCCUGCAUUUGGAUCGCUCGGCAACGAGCUCUACCUCAAGGUCAGCUUCAGCUUCAUGAUACCGACCUUGAUCUUUCUUGGAGUGUUGUACGCCUCGAUUUCGUCAAGAUUUAUCUUUUUCCGCAUUUUCCGAGGGACCCACCACGUGGGCAAUAACACCGUUGUCGGCUGGGCUUCUUGGGCGGGCAUCCUAGCCGUCACAUGGGUAUUCGCAUUCAUCAUCGCGGAGGUGAUUCCAUUCUUCUCAGAUCUGCUCUCCUUGAUGAGCUCGUUGUUCGACAGCUUCUUUGGAUUCAUCUUCUGGGGUGUGGCCUACCUUCGUAUGCGAAGGGUGGAUUACGGACCAAGCUUCUGGAGUGUUCGCGGGUGGAAAGGAUGGUGCGGUACGAUUUCGAACAUCAUACUCAUCGGUAUUGGGCUAUUCUUCCUGAGCGGAGGAACAUAUGCUUCAGUGCAGAGCAUUCUUUAUGGUUAUGAAGGAGACAGUUUCGGUGGACCAUUCACUUGCGCAUACAAUGGGCUAUGA